AUGGGCGUCGAGAAGACUACUCUUACCCCCGGUGACGGCGUCACCUUCCCCAAGGAGGGUGACAAUGUCGCUCUCCACUACACUGGCUGUCUGUAUGACCCUAGCAAGGCCGACAACCACUUCAUGGGCAACAAGUUCGACAGCUCCCGUGACCGUGGCUCCCCUCUGGCCACUCCCAUCGGUGUCGGCCGUCUCAUCAAGGGCUGGGACGAGGGUGUCCCCAAGAUGACUCUGGGCGAGCGCGCCAUCUUGACUAUCAGCAGCGACUACGGCUACGGUGCCCGCGGCUUCCCCGGCCUGAUCCCCGCCAACUCUGACCUCGUCUUCGAUGUCGAGCUCGUCAGCAUCAACGGCAAGAAGGCCAACUAG